AUUUUACUACUAUGUUCUCAACAUCACAGUAUAAACACUCUUGCUCUCUCAUAGUCAUGACCCACAACGCCCUAAGCCAAAACAAUUAUUUGUAGUCACUCCCUCACUGAUUCCUCCGCCAACCGCCACAUUUAGCUUCUUCAAAAUGGCGGCGGUUCGCCACCCGGUGGCCGAUUCCAACGAAGACAGCCCAUUCGGAACCCUAACAGCCACCGAAUUUUACGCCAAGCACAACGUCGCCCACUCCUCCGAAUACAUAACAAACUCCCGCGGCCUCAAGCUCUUCACUCAGUGGUGGACCCCACUUCCUCCGACUAAAGUCACCGCCUGCGUAGCCGUCGUGCAUGGCUACACCGGCGAGUCCAGCUGGUUCGUUCAGUUGAGCUCCAUCCUCUUCGCUAAAUGCGGCUUUGCAGUCUGCGCCAUCGAUCAUCAAGGUCACGGCCUGUCGGAAAGCCUCGACGGUCUCAUGUACCAUAUCCCCGACCUAACUCCGGUGGUUGACGACUGUAUUCAGUUCUUCACUCGCUUUCGUGAAACACACGCGCCGAAGUUACCGGCGUUUCUUUACUCGGAGUCAUUAGGCGGCGCUAUAGCUUUGUACGUCACGCUGAAGCAAAAAGGCGAGUGGGACGGACUGAUUUUAAACGGAGCUAUGUGUGGGAUCAGUGCUAAAUUCAAACCUCCAUGGCCGUUAGAGCAUUUGCUUUUCGUAGUCGCGGCUGUUAUCCCCACUUGGCGUGUGGUUCCCACUCGUGGGUCAAUACCUGAUGUGUCGUUUAAAGAGGGGUGGAAAAGGAAGUUGGCGACGGCUAGUCCGAGGAGAGUGGUGAUGAGGCCACGCGCCGCCACUGCGCUUAUGAUGCUGAGAGUUUGUAAGGAGUUGCAAGAGAGGUUCGAGGAAGUUGAUGUGCCGUUGUUGAUCGUUCACGGAGGUGAUGACGUUGUUUGUGACCCGGAAUGUGCCAAGGUGUUGUAUGCACGCGCCUCCAGUAAGGAUAAGACGUUGAAGAUUUAUCCCGGAAUGUGGCAUCAGAUCGUCGGCGAGGCGGAGGAGGAUGUCAAUUUAGUGUAUGGGGAUGUAGUAGAGUGGCUUAAAAGUCGAACUGAAAGAGGAGCGAAAGAGUAGUGUAUUCCACGCGCUGGUGAAAGAUUGCUGACGGAGUGUUAUAAAUGUGGUGGUUGUAACGGUUGGGUGAUAUUAAAUGUUAAUGUAACUGUAAUUUGAAAUAAAAGGUCUUAAUUAAUGAUGUUUA